UAUAAAUAUGUUUCUUGUAAUGUCUCUUCACAAUUUCUCUUGAACAGAUAACCCUUAAUAUUGGACAUAUCAGAAAAGGAGUUUUUACAAUUUUCAUUUAAACGAAAACAUUUUGGAUACAAAGUACUGCAAGCAAAAGGAAAUCAAUCGUCAUAUCAGUUGAACUGCUUAAAAACGUGAAAAAACUAUAUUUUCUUCGUAUGGGAAAAGGUAUGUUAUAUUUAUGACUAUUUGUACAUUUGAAUAUCAAAUGUUGUUAACCUAAAAGAAUACAAUUUAUUUUUGCAUAACAGUGUAAUUUUCUUUUUAUAUAAUUAUUUGCUGAAUAUGUGAAUAAUAAAUAGUUGAGUUUUGUAAACUGAAAUUACUUUUCUAGACAUUUUAUUAAAUGUUGAUAAUUUUGUUUAUCCUUAUUUCUACAAAAAAAAUGAGAAUCUGCAAAAUCUAUUUCUUUAUGUUUUUGCUAAACUAGUUAACAUUAUCUCAUUCCUAUAUAUUUACUUUGUUUGUCCACUAUAUAUGUAUGAAGAUACAAAUGUAAACUAAAUACAGGUACAAUAAAAAAAAUAUUAAUUUCUUGUCAUAAUUAGUUUCUGUAUUUACUCAAUAUCUAUUGUAAAUAGUAUAGUGUUUAGUAUAUUUGCUGUAAUUAUAUUACACGUGUAUAAUCAUUGCAUAACGUUCUAUAGUUAGUACAUUGUGUCCUCCUUCUUUUUUUCUCAGAAUGUUGUUUAAUAAAGUGAACACAAGUUUAUUCUUCAUAGUAAUGAGCACAUGUCUGCUGGAGACCUUUGCCUUUAGUGUUUCCCGUGUGGACAACUCAGGUACAUAUAAAAAGUAUUUGUAUGCAUAUUAGAAAGAUGUGUAACAUUUUUACAUGAUAGUUAAUAAAAUUUGUGCUGGGAGGGCAGCUCUUGGUGUUUCACGUUAUGAACUAAUUCACUGUCAUAUUUCUUUAGGAUUCAGAUCUACUAAUGUGAAUUCCAACUGUCUUCUGCUUAGUAUUGGCCUUAGGCUCACCUCUUUGCAUGUGACUUACGCAGCCUACCUUAACACUUCUUGUAAAGAGUCAUCUAAUGUUUACAAUUCAUUUAUUGCAAAUUCUGUUUAAUUUAGAAUUUCUAAUCACCUGCUAUGUUAAUAGCUUGCUAGUCCCUGUAGGAGCCUUCUAUAUGUAAAUAAAGUUAAAUUUACAGAGCAGGAGGUAAAAACUUUUAAAAUAAGUUACAUCUGAUUGAAAAUGAAAACAUUUUGUUUUCAUGCAGGUUGUGUCAGUCACAGCCAGAGGAUGUGUUUCUAGAGAUCCAUAAAGAGAAACAAAAGUGAUUUAACUCCUAAAUGGCAGAUAACUGAGCAGUGAAACCUCAUGAGAUAUAUAAAAACUGCUUCAUUAUGCUAAAGUUGUUUUGGUGACUAUAGUAUCCCUUUAAUUUCGGUUUGUCCUCUGUUUAGUAGAUGACUCCCUAAUAUGUUAUCCUUAUCAAAACAAAUGAAUGCAAAAUGGAUUAAUUAUUUACAGAUCAAUUCAUUGUCCUCUUGUUUUUGAUUUAUUCUGCCUCUGCUAGGAAAUAUUUUUGUGAACCAACCUGACUAUCUCACCUUUUGUUAUUUGUGUAGACACAUGCCAGAAUCAGAUCACACAUUUCUUGGCAUACUAUGUUCUAAGUGGAGAACCUGCUGCCAUCCACUGUCCUGCCUUUCAAUACCUUCAGAUACACUUUUCAGAUCUUCCUGAGCACUCACUAGAACUGGUUUGGACAAGAAAUUUUUCUGAAAAUAUUGGAGAGGAAUCACGGAUUCAAGCAAAUGAAGAAGUACUGUGGUUUUACCCAGCAAUAAAGGAAGAUUCUGGAAUUUAUUCAUGCAUUUUAAGGUACAAUGUCUGGUAUUAUCAACCAUUAAUUUAAACAGACUGUGUGCUUAUUAUAUAUAAUAAAUUCUGGUGCUAUAUUGACAUAGAUGGCACUCCAAAUGUUGUGUACUACAUCUUCCAUAAUAAUUUUGCAGCUCUAAUGUAAGUAAAGCAUCAUGGGAGGUGUACUUCACAACAUCUGGAAUGCAAAAGGUUAUCUAUCGCUGGAUUAGAGGUGGCUAUGGAUAUUUAUUAACAAACAGAAAGCAUCAGAGACACAACAGAAGGUUUAGUAACAUUUCAUUUAUGUACAGAGUUACAUUUCCUGACCCUAAAUAGAGCCAAAUCACUGCAGAGAGUGGAAGAAGAAUGAAGGAUUGGCAUAAGAACGUUAUUGAUUAUGCUAUCUUAAGUGUACCUAUGAUCUUAUUUUAUUAACUACAGGAGGAAAAUAUUUUGGUUAAGUCUCUCUUUACUAGAACUCCACAGCAGCACAAGUUAACCAAGAGAAACAACCAAUUAAAAAGCAACAGAAUAAAUACAUCUCCCAUGCUCCUCUUGCACCUCCUCUUUUUGAGUAACAAACAGUACAAAGAAACAAGUUCUAAACACUUUACAGAUAACAAUGAGAACAUAAACCAUAAAUAAAAGUAGCCUUGCGGGGACUCCAAACUAGAAGAGAAAUGGUUCCUCAGGCAAAACUCUGGAGUCAAAAUGUAAACUGAAAUAAGAAAAAAGAAUUGAAAAUGAACAUAGUAAAUAUCUGAAUUAGUAAAUUUACCCAUAGAAAACAUUAUAUGUAUAAAUUAGCAAAACAAAAGCAUACACCAAAUGCAUAUCAUAGCAAAACAACAGUAAGUUAAACAAUGGAAUCAUCAAGUAAACAAGAAGACAUACAUACCCAUCCCCAAACCGGAACCUAAACGCUAAACAAUGAAAGGAAAGAGAAUCCCACAAGUAAAUUGUGUAGCAAUCCACGAUUUGGUUAACGACGCGAAUAGGUGACACUGAGAGGAAGGCCGCGUUAAUGCAAAUCACUAGUGUGGAUCGGGUGUACGAAGAUGGCUGCCAGGAUUUCACGUAAAAGCAUGAGAUCCAAGAUAGCCGAUGCAAGUGUGUGUGGGUCUGCAGGAGACAUUGUCGGGGAAGGCUGUACAAACCUCCCGAGAACCUGAGCCACAUCUAAAAUAUUUUUGGAAAAUUGCACACUUGCUAAGGCAAAGAAAGGUGGUAACAAAGAUAUUUACAAGGUAAAAAAGCCCAAAGAAGAAAAACCAAACAAAUAAGUAAACAAGGAAAUAAAUAAAAUGAUAAAUAAAAGGAAACAUAAGUGCAGACAGAAUAAAUUCAAACAAUCCAGUAUUGAAAGAGCUAGAACAACGAUACAGUAAUAAAUAUGAAUAAAGCCACAGCAACCCACUAAAACCAGGAGGCCAUAGUAACUGUGCUGUUGAGGAGCAGCAAAGAAAAUGGGUGCUAGAGGAGUAUGGGAGUUUUAUUUAUUCUGAUGUUUUGUGAUUGGUUGUUUCUCUUAGUUAACUUCUGUUGCUGUGAAGUUCUAGUAAAAAGAGAUUUAAGCAAAAUAUGAUGCCUCCUGUCAUGUAAUAAAAGUUAUUUCAUUUGGAUACACAAUAUAAAUUCCAUAAUGGUUUCCUUCUCAUAAUAUUCAGCACAAGAUUGUGUAUGUAUAAAAGAAAUGGAAUGUAUGGUCAGAUUGUAGCACAGAAAGCAAUAGACUAACAGACUGUUCUAUACUAGCAGAUAUGGAAAUACAAAUAAUAGCUCCUUGAUGUGCUUAGAAAUCUUAGCUUAGUUUACAAAUAAAUAGAUAAAACUAUCUUCCUAAUUUGUUUGUAGCUUACGUUUGUGUUAGAUACUUACAACAGUUAUAUUUCUUUCAGGAAUUCAUCAUUCUGUGUAGAAGUAGCAAUGAAUUUUAAUGUCUUCACGUUGACGGAAGUUUCAUUGACUGACAUUGCAUAUGGACAAUAUGCCAUUGAACAAUCCAGUUACCAAAUGCAUUGCCCUGAUUUAGGUGAUUUCACAAAUAUCCAUACAGGUGUGCGUCUACAAUGGCUAAAGGUAUGUAAGCUGAACAGUGUUUUAUUUUAGUGAAUAACCACUUCAGCACUCCUUUAUAGUAGUGCCCAUUGUGAAAUAGGUGAAUAGUCCUGGAACUUGGCAAUAUUAACUAAAUAUAGUUAAUUUGGUGUAAAACAAGUAGAGCUUUUAUUGGGUUGCUUGUUUUAAAACCAAGUUAAUGUUAUUCACUCAAGUAUGAAUUGCUAGAGGUUCAAGAGAAUUCAAGGCAAAUUUAAAAUUUGAUGCCACAAUAGCUGAAAUAGAAAAAUCAGCUAUGCUUCAGUGUGAAUACUUUGGCUGUAAGUUUGCAAUUGAAUUCCCAAUAUUUCACACUAAAUGCAACAUUGUAGUGUUAGGAAUGUAUAUAUAUAUAUAUAUAUAUAUAUAUAUAUAUAUAUAUAUAUAUAUAUAUAUAUAUAUAUAUAUAUAUAUAUAUAUAAAACACUCACUAGUUGUAGUAGGAGAUUUGGUACAUGUGAUGAUUUUACUACUGUAUUUAUUGCCCACAAUCUGUUCUAUCCUCUACUUUGCACUUUAUUGCCAUAUCCUGUAUAGCCUGUCUCCUCUCCCUACCCAGUGUCUCCCAAGACGGUAUUAUACCAUUGUACCUCCAAGGUUUUCACUAAUUUUACAUAUAUUUUUACUAACGUUAUAGUCCUGAUGAUGUCCAUGGAUAGUUUAGUCUCCCCAUGUACACCAGAAAAAAAGUAAAAAACAUAUUAAUCUUUUCUCCAGCGCUGAGUCUCCUUUCGUGUGGCUCUACCCUGGAGGAGUGGCUCCAGUAUGACAGGCCAAUUCAAUGCUGCUCAUAGACAAGCAUUGGGGAACGUAGGCACAUGAAGGGAGAUUUCUGCAAUGCGUCUACAAUUCCUCCAUAGAGAAUCAUGGAAUUCAGUGAUCCUCCAUGACCAACUGAAAUGGCAUUGCGCAUGUGACACCACGGUGUGUUACCGUAUGAGAGCCAGGAACUAACUCUCAUAUGCAGAGGACUAAGCUUGUGCGGUUUAGUAGGGUAGGGCAGGGAGGGUGGACUACAGGUAAUAUAAAAACGGCAAUCUGAUAAAGUUGUUAAGGUGCCUACAGUGUUCCUUUAAGUGAAUAACUUUCUCUUACCUGAUUUGUCUGUUUAUCUAUAUAUUGAUGUAUGUAUGACUAAACUGCAGUCUAAAAUAAAGGCUAGGAAAAAAUUAUAGGUUGCUAAUAGAGAUGUUUUUGUUUUUGUAAGGAUGGAAACCUUUUGCCAAAAGACACCAUGAAGUAUGAAAUGUUGGAUGGUAACACGUACAUCGCCAUUAAAGAUGUGCACAAGGAUGAUGAAGGAUACUAUACAUGUGAAUUUGCAUUUACCCAUGAAAAUAGAGAAUAUACGGUUUCCAGAAUAAUUUCUCUUCAAGUUAUUGGUAAUUACUAGCAAAAAAAAAUAAAAAAAAUAGGUAGAUUAAACAAAUCAUUCUUAAAGUGUGUGUUUUAUCCAAUAACAACAAAUGAGACAAAUCCUUGGAAAAAUAUUUGAUUUAGUUAAUAUGUACAUGUCAAUCAGCUGUUGUAAUACUGUAGUCUCAUUAGUUAGAUAAAAUAGUUGAUGAAAACAAUAUUUUAUUGUUUUGCAAAAAAAAAAAAAGUUAUGCUCCUAGAAAGCAACAAUGUUUUUUCAAACUUGUUUUAACACCUAAGGAACCCCAUUCAUAACAUGCUAAUGGUGAAAAUCUGGUCCCUAAAAAGUAGACCCUGUGCCAGCAUAGAAUGCCCUGAUUAUUUUGCAUAUUCAGCUCUAUACAGCCCUGCAGCUGUUAAAUCAGAGAGACACUCCAUUGUAAUAUAGGACCUUUAAUAAAGUCUGGCAUCAUGUGACAAAAUGAUUCUACAGCUUGUCCUAUUGUUUUCAUAUCUGUUGUGCUUGUUAUAAUACAUACACCAAAAUAAAGAAUUUCUUCUACAGAAUAUGUAACUGAUUUGUGUGUUUUUUUAAUAUAUAGCUCAGGACAAGAGGGAGCAGCCAGUAAUUUUACAGCCGAAACAUAAGUCAAUAGCAGCCUCUACUGGUAAGGUUUAUUACAUUUUUGUUUAGCUAAUAACAUUGUAUAAUAAAGGUAAGUAAAAUAACGUGCUCAGGAUCACAGUGACACAGGUUCUAUAGGAGCUGAAGCUUCAAACCCACACAUUGCAACAGACCAAAGAUACCUGACUUUUAUAUCUGUUCAUCAAUUUUUUUUUGAACAGAUGUACUCUGAAGUACUCGUGGCAUGAAACUAGGUGUCAAGGCAAGGCACAGAUAUCCUCUCUGACUUGGCUGAGCAACAUCUGAAAACACUUAGCUUUGGCACUGUAUAUACAAAUCUAUAUCUGAUAUAUGAAGGCCUAUCUUAUAAUAAUAGUAAUAAUAAUUUGCUAUUUUUAUAGCGCUUUUCUCCCAGUGAGACUCAAAGCACUUUACAAAUAUACAAACUUAAAGACAUAAAAGUUAGGAGUUUUUGAGGGUCAGAUGAGUGGACUGAAUGCCUGAUGGAAGAGGUGGGUCUUUAGCUUUUUUUAAAAGUGAGCCUCUCUGAUUGCGCACUGGAAAGAGUUCCAGAAGGUAGAUGCAGCGUGGCUGAAUGCCCUGGAACUUGAGUCUGUCUUUAUUCUUGGCACUGACAGGAAAGACUACUGGCUGACCGAAGUGAAUGGGUUGGAAUGUAGGCUGUCAGGAGCUCUUUCAUGUACUGUGGGCCUUGAUUGUUUAAGGCUUUGAAGGUCAGAAGGCCUAUUUUAAAAUAUGUUCACCAUUAGAAGCCAAUGCAGGGGGUGGAGAACAGGUGUUAUGUGGCAGGAGCGCGUUUGAUUAGUCAGUAGUCUGGCUGCUGCAUUUUGUACAGUCUAAAGGGGAUGGAGUUAUUGGGAGGGCCAAGUAAAGUACAUUGCAGUAAUCUAGCCGAGAGCAUACAAAUGCAUGGAUUAAUUUGGCAUUUCAUCCAGUGGAAUUAAGUGUUGUAUCCUGGUUAUGUUUUUCAGAUGAAAGUAGGCAGAUUUUAUUACAGAGGAAAUCUGCUGUUUAAAUGACAGUCCAGAGUCAAUCAGCACUCCAGAGUCUCCUAGCUUCAGGCCAGUUGGGUGAUCAUGGGAUAUUUUUGUUGCCUGGGGUUCCCUCACCAAGAGUAACUCUGUUUUGUCCAGGUUCACUUUAAGCCUACUAGCAUUCAUCCAUUCUUUGAGGUCUGCUAAGCAACUGUUGAUGCGGCAUGUUGGCUCUGUAGUAUCUGGACCAAAGAAGAAGUAGAGUUCUGUGGCAUCAGCGUAACAAUGAUACCUUGGGCCAUGUCGCCUAAUGAUGUUCCCCAAAGAUAGCGAAUAGCAUGGGAGACAAGAUGGAUCCUUAUGGAACUCUGCUGGCCAACUCUGUUGGUGCUGAUGAGCUUGAUCCUGAUGUUAAACUCUGUGAUCUACCAGUGUGGAAAGAUUUAAACCAGUUAAGGACUGGGCCUCCUAGACCACUGAUGUGCUGCAAGCACUCUAUUAAAAUCCUAUGGUCAGUGGUGUCAAAUGCAGCUGAGAGAUCCAAGAGGAUUAGGAUGGAGUAAUCACCUUUGUCUCUCGCCAAAAGGAGAUCAUUUAGCACUCAGACUAGCACUGUUUCCGUGCUGUGGUGGCAUCUGAGACCUGACUGGAAAGGAUCAAAGAUGUCCAAGCUUGCUAGAUGGGCCUCCAGUAGAGUUGCCACUACUUUUUCAAUUAUUUUCCCCAGAAAUGAAAGGUUGGAUACUAGUCUGUAAUUAGCUAUGCAGUCUGGGUCUAGCGUUUCUUUAGAAGGGGUUUUACCACAGCUUCUUUUAGAGGAUCUGGGAAGUCUCCAGUUUUUAAUGAACACUGCACUAUUUUUCUGAGGUCUGGGGCGAGUGUUUCCAUGCAUGUGGAUAUAAGCUGAGUUGGAGCAGGGACUAAGGCACAUGUAGUAGGGUGUAACUUUUGCAUGGUUCUUUUAACUCCCUGUAUAUCCACAUUUGUAAAAGUGGACCAUAAACUGGGGCAAUCUGGCAUUCGAUUGUAGGGGUUCUGGUGUGUAACUGGUUGACCUGCUGUGAUAGAGGCUCAGAUGGAGGAAAUCUUGUCUGUGAAGAAGAUCGCAAAUUCUUCACACUUAUCCUGAGAAAAGUUGGUGGGGAUAUGCAUGCAUGCUGGUUUGCAGAGCCUUUCUACUGUUGCCUGGGUCUAUUGUGGGAGAGUGCAAUUUCACGUGACAAAAAUUACGAUUUUUUUCUUCAAGAGUUAUCUUCAAUUCAUAUUCAUUAAGAUGUUUGGCGCCUUUAUCCUCUGGUUCAUGUGUCCUGCUCCACCUUCUCUCGAGCUUACUCCCUGUUCUCUUCAUUUCUCUGAUGGUGCUAUCAAACCACGGUGCCGCUUAACUACAUAAUUAUUUCUUCUGGCAGGCUACAAUAGCAGAUUGUACCAUUUGUUUAUGUGUGUUUAAAUGUUUAAAACUGAAUGAUUUGCUCGUCAAAGAUUUUAUUUUUUUAUAUAACUCAAAAAUUUAGGUAUUCUUCCAUACUGUAUUGUGGCGUAUAGAUGCUGUUAUUUGAUGCUGAUUCGGAUUGUCUUUUGACCUUGUAAGAUUGCAAUGUAUCUCAAUAAAAAAAAUACUUAUCCAAUAGAUGUCUGCUUUACACAGGCUUACAGGAUAAGAUCAGAUCCUUUAGUCGAUAAUAAGAUGCUAUUGAUUGGUGGAGCCUGUUUAUGGUCUUCCUGAAGCAGCAGGCUCUCAGUCUUAGCUGUGCAACGUCAGUAUCCUUCCUUCCUUUUUCUUUCUCUCGUUCUCAAUAUAAAGAAUAUUAAGUAUGUUUUUCUUUAAUAAUAACAAAGUAUUUCAAUUAAACAUUGCACAUCUAUAUAUCUAACAAUAUAAAUAUUCUGUAUGUUUCCAUAAAGGUUCCAAGCUGACCAUUCCUUGUAAGGUGUUUACUGAAUCUGGUGGCAGCAACCUAAUUGUAUGGUGGCUGGCAAACGACUCUUACAUUGACGAAUUCUUUGAAGAUGGACGUGUGAGACAGGGGAUAUCCCAGUAAGUAAGAUGGAUGGAUGGAUGGAUCUAUCACUGAAAAGCUAAUGGUAGUUAAAGGAACACUCCAAGCACCAUAGAAAUUGCAGCACACUGUCGUGGUUAUGGUGCCAGGAGUUCUCUGGCAUCCCCCCCCGAUUUAAGUAGUCAAACUGUUUGCUAACCUUCUUACCUGGGGUGUGCUGGGUGACACUCUCUGCCUCUGCCCUUCUGGUAUUGAGUGCCACAAGCUCCUCCUAGGGGCCUCCAUUGCUCUCUAGUUUAUAUUAAGUCCUGUGCAGGGCCAGCUCAUCGACUAAUCACUCUCAGCCAAUGGACUGAGCUUUGCAAAGCAGCAAUAAUAGUAGUAAUACACAUCAGCCCCAAUACAUACAAUAAAAAUAAAUAUAAAAUGUACUUGUGCACUAUCCCAGGCUGCUAAAAAAGUUAAAAAAAAAAUAUAUAUAUAUAUAUAUAUAUAUAUAUAUAUAUAUAUAUAUAUAUAUAUAAAACAAUUAAAGCAUUUAUAAUAUAUUAUACAUAUAUAAUGCAUAUAUAUGAUUUUAUUAUAAGUGUUCUUUGAUGUAUAUACACAUAUAUCUCAAAAUACACUUAUAAUGAAAUCAUAUAUAUGCAUUAUAUAUGUAAAAUAUAUUAUAAAAUGCUUUAAAGGGACUCUCCAGUGCCAGGAAAAUAAUCCGUUUUCCUGGCACUGCAGGUCCCCUCUCCCUCCCACCUCCCAUCCAUGGUUGCUGAAGGGGUAAAAACCCCUUCAGUGACUUACCAGAGGCAGCGACGAUGUCCCUCGUCGUUGCUUCUUCCUCCUCUCAUGCUCCUCCCCUUCAUCACAUCAGCCGGCGGGGGAGACUGAUCACACCCGCCGGCGGGGGGAGACCGCACGCGCAUUAGACCUCCGCAUAGGAAAGCAUUAAAAAUGCUUUUCAAUGCUUUCCUAUAGGGAUUUUAGCGACGAUGGAAGUCCUCACACAGCGUGAGGAAGUCCAGCGACCCUAUAGCACAGAUCUGUGCUAUAAUCCUGGAAGUGCCCUCUAGUGGCUGUAGACAGCCACUAGAGAAGGAGUUAACCCUGCAAGGUAAUUAUUGCAGUUUAUAAAAACUGCAAUAAUUACACCUGCAGGGUUAAGGGUAGUGGGAGUUUGCACCCAGACCACCUCAAUGAGCUGAAGUGGUCUGGGUGCCUACAGUGUCCCUUUAAUUAUAAUACACUAUACAUAUAUAGGAAAUAAAAGUGUGUGUGUGUAUAAAUAUAUAUAAAAAAACAACAACACAUUUUAUAUAUAUAUAUAUGUAGAUAUAUAUAUAUAUAUACACACACACACACACACUCUCUCUACAAAUAUAUUUAACUAUUAACUACAUGAUUAUUUGAUUUUAUUAAUUAUAAUUAACAGACAGUCCUGAGAAUUUAAUUGGCAAGCCCUAUAUUUAACCCCGUAACUUUCCAAAACACCAUCAAAUCUUUACAUAGGGGUUAUUGUUAUAUUUGGGAGACUUCACUGAACACAAAUAUUGGUGUUUUAAAAAGUAAAACUUAUCACAACGAUGAUAUCACCAGGAAAAGUGCAGCUUUUGUUUACAAAAUGCAAAAAAAACUAAUAAAAACGCUAACUUUGGCUACUACAAAAGACUGGAAACACCCCAUUUUGAAUACCCUGGGUUGUCUACAUUUGCAAAUAGUAUGCCAUGAUGGGAUUAUUUCACCUGGGCUACCAUAUGAUCUCAAAAGGCAACAUAGACCCAGCAAAUCAAUAUGGCAAACUGAAUUGAGCAAGCCCUAUAUUGACCCUGUAACUUUCAAAAACACCAUAAAACCUGUACAUGGAGUGUAUUGUUAUACUCAGGAGACUUUGCUGAAUACAAAUAUGAGUGUUUAAAACAAUAAAACUUAUCACGACGAUGAAAUCACCAGUAAAAGUGCAUUUCAUGUGUAAAAAAAUGGAAAAAACAAAUAUGAAUGCCAACUUUGGCAAGUGUUUGUGGCUAAGUGGCUACUACAAAAGACUGGACAUACCCCAUUUAGAAUACAGGAUUGUCUACCUUUAAAAAUGAUAUGCCAUGAUGGGGUUAAUUUUCAUUCCUGGGCUGCUAUAUGGUCUCAAAGGCAACAUAGACCCAGUCAAAUUUCAAUGUGCAAACAUGGAAAAGUCCUACAUUUGACCCCGUUUUUUUUUUUUUUUUUGUUUUUUUUAAACCCAUAAAACCUGUACAUUGGGGGUACUGUUGUACUCAUGAGAUAUUGCUGAACACAUAUUGCGGUUUUCUUUGUCAGUAACCCAUAACAGGAACUGAGAAUCCAUGCCUAAAGUACAAUGUGAGUGAAAUAUAACAGAAAAAAAAUGACUACCCAAACGUUUGACAAAUACUGGUGGUAUAAUUAGCAUGGAAAGUGUUAAAAUACCACCAUUUGAAAUACCCCAGGGUGUCUACUUUUCAAAAAUAUAGGGUUUGAUGGGAUAAAUUACAUUGUCCGGCUUUCAAAAAUGCCCCAAAUAGGACAUGGGUGCAUGAUGACCAGCUUAGAAAAUUCCAAGUUGGAAAACUGGAAUGUGCACCCUCUAAAUAAGGUCUUUUAGCCGCCAGAGAACCUCAUCUGCCAUGUCAAGGCAAAACCUCAUAGGUGAGUCCUGCACUAACAAUUCACCUUACUGCUUUCAGCUAAAAAGUGAAAUUUUUAAUGAGACAGAGUGUACUUGGAUAGCCAUUGGAAUGAAUCUAGAAAAACUCCAGUUAUUUAAAUGUGCAUAGGGAUUUGGGAUAGCUCGCUUUUGUAUUUAUUGUAUGUAUAGUGAAAAAGUAACCUUUUUUCUUUGGCAAUUAGCAAAUGGUGUGACUACUUACACUGGGGGGCUCCAGGGCACUGGUAGCACCAUAACCGCUACAGCACUCUGUAGUGGCUAUGGUGCUAAGGGUGCUUCUUUUAGUGUCUUAAACAGAUGUGCAACCCAUUCCUUGUCCCUCUUUUUGCAUUUAAAACAGAAGUAAAACACCUUAAAGGAACAAACAAAACUGUAUCUCUAACACUACAUUUUCCCUCUGCACCCGCUCCAGUGCCCCAACCCAGCCAUGAAAUGGUUAAAAAUUCUUUCAACAUUUACCUGACUCCAGCGCCUCGUUCUCCUCCUCCUCUUCAGAUGUCAGCACGAUUCAGGAACCAAUGCUGAGUUAAACUCCAUGAAACUGCAGGAAGUGCCUCUAGUGGUUGUCAGGCAGACGUUGUAAACAUUGCAGUUUCUCUAAACAUUGCAGAGUUAAGGGGACAGGAACACUGCACCCAAACCACUUUCAUGAGAUUAAGUGGUCAGGUUUCUAUGGUGUCCCUUUAAUAUACCUCUCAUAUUUCUUUAUUGUAGACAGGCAGACAAAAACAAAAAAAAAAAGAGGUGGUGCACUCACAGGAAAAUCAAUUAGUUUAACAAAAACAGUGUUACAAUGACAGACAGACAGACUUGCAUAGCUUUGUUUGUACAGUAUUUUUGUAAUGAAAAUGUUCUUUCUGCUUUCAGGGAAACUGAGGAGAGGGAUGGAUUUUACAUUGAAGUCCCAUUAGUUUUUGAAGAAGUUAAAGAUGCAGAUUUCAGCACUGAUUUUAAGUGUAUAGGCAGCAACGAUUAUGGUACACAAGUCCUCCCCACUCAGAUACGUCAAGCAGGUAAAAAAAGAAGAAUGAUUUUAUUUAUAUGGUUUGUGUUUACAGUAAAUUGUUAAAAUGUUUAGUUUUUUUUCUCCUUUUUUUAAAGCCGUUACCACUUAUUUCAUUUAAUUAUCUGCAAAUUAAGACUUUAACAGUGGCGAAAAAACAUUUGGACAGUAGAGGGUUUCACAUUUUUUGAUGUAUUAGAUCUUACCAUAAUAGUGUUAUAUCAUGCAUUUACUAAUAAUAUAUAUUUAUCAAUACUAUUUAUUAUUGACUUAAAAGUUGAGCAGCCAGCUGUGGUUUGAUUGUCGAAGAUCAAAUUAAUCUGUUUCAACCAAAUUUAACUUCCUUAUAUAUUCAGUAAAGGCUAAUUUGGUUGUUUCAAACCAAGUUUGCAUCCCAUUCAGGUGCUUUUUAUUUACCUACUAAAAUUAAGUAUCUUAGUUAAAGGGACACUCCAGGCACCUAGACCACUUCUGCCCAUUGGGUGCCAACUCCCACUACCCUUAACCCUGCAAGUGUAAUUAUUGCAGUUUUUUUAUAAGAUGCAAUAAUUACCUUGCAGGUUUAACUCCACCUCUAGUGGAUGUCUAAAAGUGCACUAGAGGGCACUUUCUGCUCUAUAGCACAGAAAACCUGUGCUAAAGCGUCGCUGGACGUCCUCACGCUGUGUGAGGACCUCUAGCGUUGCUCAAUUCCCCAUAGGAAAGCAUUGAAAAGUAUUUUCAAUGCUUUCCUAUGGAGAGCUCUAAUGCGCAUGCUCAUUAGGUCUCCCUGGCCGGUGGGCGGGAUCAGUCUCACCUACCGUCCGACGUAAAGACUGGGAGGAGCGGCGGCGAGAAGAAACCACCGCCGAGGGACAUCGUUGGGGUCUCAGGUAAGUGACCUGAAGGGGCUUUCACCCCUUCAGCAACCGGGAUUGGGAGGUGGGAGGGAGAGGGGACCGGCAGUGCCAGGAAAACGGAUUGUUUUCCUGGCACUGGAGUUUCCCUUUAAGGCAGUCAUAUCGCAUCUGAGUUGAGGAAUCCUAUCUUUUGUUUGAAUGUCAGAGCAAUUUUAUUAGCUGCAUUUUGAAGCAAGGUCAGCUGCAGGAAGUAAUGUGAUUGAUGCUUAUGAAGCAACAACCCUGCUUAUCUUGUGCACAUGAAUUAGUAGAUUGUGUGCACUAAUUAACUAUAUUGCACACACAAAAUAAUUAAAGCGUUUGCACAAGUUAACUAUAUUGUGGGUACCAGCUAUUAAUGGUGAGCAUGAGAUACUACAGCAUUCACACAAUAAAAAAAAAAUAUUUUUUUUCUUUCACCUCUGUACAUUUGUAAUUAAGUUGCAGGCGAAUUGGUCAGGAAUCUGACUAGGAGUGGAUGACACUGUUUAUAUUGGUGGAAUAUUCAUUAGAGGAACCUAUAGUAUAGCCCUAAUAUUUAUACAGUGGAGAUAAGUUCCUUUAGAUCACACAGAUUUCUAGUGUUCUCAGAGCUCUUUUAUCAUCUAAGUUCUAAUCAUAUUGUUUAAUGUUAAUUGCUCUUGUUUGUUACUCAGAUGGUUAAACAUGUUUGUUAUUCUCUGUAUUUCUACAGCCUCCCACUUUUCCUGGUACAUUGUGGCGGUUCCAGCAGCUUUGAUAUGCGUGAUUAUAGCAAUAAUUUCCAUAUACAAAUACAGGAAAUUGGGCGAUAAGGAACAGUAUACUCUGGCCAAGUCAUAAAUGGUAAAUACAUUUUUAUUUUUUUAAACCCGCAUAACAACUUUGUAGUUAACGAUUUGCUUCCCAGUAUGCUCCCUGCACCCAAUAUAAAAACUGGUGUAUCUGCUGAUCAUUUUGAAAAUGCAGUGAUGUUAGAUAAGUUUAGAACUUAUAAUGCAUUAUGAUACCUUCCAAGUGUCCCUAUUUGGGAGGGACAGUACCUAUUUUGUGCCCAAACUCAUCUUUACCUCUUUUCUGUCCUCUUUUGUAGGAGCUAUUUAUUGCUGAGUGUAUAAUAGAGUUCCACACAACAAUACUCACAGUAAUGUGUCUAAAUGUGUUUAAACUGCAAUAGAUGUGUUUAUAAAUCAGUACAUUGUUCAAUCAAAUGUUCUUGUUCUAAAUUACAUUUACGUUGCAAACAUUGUUAUUAGUAAGUCACCACAAAUUUCUCAGAAUAGCCACUCACCUGGCCACUCCCCCAAAAUAUAAAGUCUCCAUCUUUGUCUAUAUGAAAGGUUCGUAGGUAUUAUUAUUUUAUUUUAGCAAGGUGAUGCGCAACCCGACCCAUGACAGUAAAAUAGAUAAAUAGGUAAUGAUACAAAUCUACAUGGUUUAAUUGAUGAAUGGGGGACUGUGAAAUAAUGGGGUAACUACACAUUAUUUAUGAGGGAGUUCUUCUUGUUAUUAUUGCCAUUUAUAUAGCACCAACAGAUUCCGUAGCACUUUACAAUAUUUUGAGAGCGGGGAUUUAACUAUAAAUAGGACAAUUACAAGAAAACUUACAGGAAUGAUGGUUUGAAGAGGACCCUGCUCAAACAAGCUUACAGUAUAUAGGAGGUGGGGUAUAAAACACAUUAGCAUAGGAAAGAGCAAUCAAAUAAGGUGGGAGUGAAGCAGAGCUAAAGUGGAUCCUUUCCCUGGAGUUCAGUGGGGAUUUUUUCCAGGGAGUCUAGUGCUGUCAUCUUUAUGGUCAUUUUGCUUCCCUGCCAAUUUCUGAUGCUGAUAACGGAGUGACAUCAUAACCUGGUUCCUGGCAUCACUGCAUGGCGCUGCAGAGCACAGAGAUUACAGCUCCCUCCCACCUGCCCUCUUUCUCCACUCCGGACACAGCACAUUUGGGCAAAGUAGGCAUCUGCCAUCCGGGUAAAUAGAUGCCUACUCUGCCUUAACGUUCAGCCAGCCACCAACUGGGGUGGGGGCUCUAAGGUGGCCAGCCAGCUUUAGGUGUACCCCCUGCUUGUGGUGUGGGUACAUGUACCGCAGGUUGAGAACUGGUGCACUAGAACAUUGGCUAGCACUAUGUAGAAAUUAAAUUUUAUUAUAUGCACAACAGGUUCACUUUAACUACUUGUUGAAGGAUUUGCAUGAUUAAUAUUCUCCAUUUAAAGAUUCAUUUCCUUUAGAUUACAGCAUUUAAGUGGGAAGCACCAAAGAAUGAAUCAUGUAGCUUUAUGUUCCACCCUGAACUUUACAGAACUUGGCUCUUGUAAGGUAAAAUGAACUUAAAGGGUUACUUCUAGCAUCAUAACCACUACACCCCAGCUUCCAUAGAGUAAAACAAUGUUCUCUUAAUUACACCUAAUAAGCCUUCCUAGCUAUAUUAGCAGGACAUGGCAGCUAGCUGUUUAAUGUAACCUGCCGCAUGUUAAAGGAAACAAAUGCUGAGAUAGGAGAUCUCUCGACACCGCUUCCUGUUUACUAGCCUGGUGUACAACUCUCCUGACCCCAUGAUGCUAGACACCUAGGAAAAGAGACUCUAAAGUCACUACCUUUCCUAAGCACCACCAAGUGGAGGAGAGUGUCAUAAUUGAAGUAUGUGUGAUUGUGUAUAUUUGAGUCUUGUAUACAGAGCCGGCCUUAGGGGUGUGCGAGCUGUGCGGCUGCACAGCUUACACAUGACCGGGUGACAGGAGUGCAGAAGAACUAAAACAGGUACCUGGGUGGAGGAUUUCAUUAUUCUCCACCCAGGUCUAUGAAAAAAAAAAUACAUAGGCAGCGGGGGUGUGGCUUACUGAGCGGCGGGGGCAGAGCUUAUCGCAAGGCGGAGGCGGGGCCAAUACCUACCAGAAUCCCCUGGUAACUGCUGCACGGGAAGGAGGAAGGAAUCCGUGCUUUUCCAACAACCAAUUGAUUCCACUCUCCCUUCCAGCCAUAAUGGAAAGAGGUGUGUGUGUGUGUGAUUGUCUGUCUGUGUGACUGCCUGCCUGUGUGUGUUACUGUCAGUCUGUGUGACUGCCUGCCUGUAUGUGUGUGUGUGACUGUCUGUCUGUGUGUGUGUGUGUGUGUGUGUGCGUGUGACUGCCUGCCUGUGUGUGUAUGACAGUCUGCCUGUGUGUGACAGUAACUGUGUGUGACUCCAAUUGUGUGUGUCGCUGUAGCUGUGCCUUUGUGUGUGCCUGGGCCUGUAUGUGUGACUAUCUGCCUUUAACUGAGUGUGUGUGUGCCCAUCAGUGUGCGUGAGUGUCUGCAUGUCUGUAACUGAGUGUGUAUGACUGCCUGCUUGUAAUGAAGUAUUUGUGACUGUCUACUUGUGACUGUUUGUGUGACUGUUUGCCUAUAACUGCGUGUGUGACUGUAACUGUGUGUGACUGUCUGCCUUUAACUGUGUGUUUGCCACUGUGAUUGUCUGCCUUUAACUGAGCAUGUGUGACUGUCUGCCUGAGAGAAAAAGAGAGAGAGAGUGUGUGUGUGUGUGUGUGUGUGUGUCUGACUGUCUGCUUGUAACUGUUUGUGUGACUGUCUGCCUGUGCCUGUGUGUGUGACUGUAUACAGGCAACUUGGUGGGGUGGGGUGUUGCCAUGAAGACUUUUCGCACAGGGUGCCUAAUGGCCUAAGGCCGGCCCUGCUUGUAUAGGUAUAUCUAAUGUAAGAUAUUAGGUGGUAUGGGAGGGGCUCAUAAGUGUGUGUUUGGGGUGUGGCUCUUGGAGCUGGGGUGGAAGGGGAGCAUUGUAUUCUUGAAUGCAAUUAACAAAAUCUUGGGUCAGUACUAGUUACAGCACACUCAUAGCGUACAUUCAUUUGACAGUAUUUGGCUCACAAAUUUAGUCUGUGCUAUGGAAAACACAUCAAUGAGUGAAGGAGACCUGAGCAGUGAGAAAUAUAUGAUGUAUGCAAUUAUUCCAGCACCAUUUUGCUUUAUUUAGGGGUGAGGGGAACACCGUGUAUAUAAUGACCACCACAACUACAGCUGGUACCGGGGGUCUUAAGCAGCACCAAUAAAAUGCAUGUGCAGGAGGGGGCUGGAGGGGGGGGGGGGUUAACUUUAGCACCAGGAGAUUUCUUUUAAUAACACUAAUAGAUGCUUUACUAAGGCAAACAUUAAACGGAUGCUUUCCUUUAGCAUUCAGAAUAUAAAAAUCAUUUCUAUGGACGUAAAUUAACGGGUUCCCAUUAAUGAUAAUCAUCUAACUUACUAUGGCAUGAGAACUAAAAAUAAACAUAUGGACAAAGUAGGACACCAUAAAACGUGUUUUUUACAUCUUACAACUAGAUCGCAUGGCUUAGCAUCCCACGGCAGUAGUUCCUACCAACUCUAUUCCACAUGUACUAAAUCCCUCUUAUAUGGUUCCACAUAUAGAAAUAUAAAAAUGAAAAAUAAAUAAAUGUAAACUGACUUAAACAGUGUUACUCACUGAACAGGCAAUAGUGGAGAAAUUACAAGGUAGCUGCAAAUUUCAGACCAAAACUUCUGAAUGGGAAAAUUCUCUCAGCUACUCUUUGAAUUGCUGUACUUAUAUUUUUCUUAAACACGCAAACGCCUUGCCAGUCCUCCACAUUUCCUUGUUUAGUGAGAACCCCUGAACUGAAAACCAAAUUAUAUAAUUUCUACUAAAAUUGCUUUUUCAAUUCAGCUCUUUUCUUUAAACUUGUUUUAGCCUAGCUUUUGCAAUCAUAUUUUCAAUUUACCACAUUUCACAAAAGGGUGAAUAAACCCUUUUAAAUGGUCCGUGCUUUUACCUUCAUGAACACGGAAUUGAAAUCAAUUGAAAACUAAAAUUGCAAAAUGUGGGCAACCAUAACUGAUGUCACGUAGCAUGCAGGGUGAGGUAAUUAAUCUAUUACCCCUUGAAACCUAUUGUUAUACUAUAUAAGAUAACUGCACUAAAUAAGAAUAACAAAAGCAUACUUUUCCAGGUGACACCAUUUUAAUUUAUAAACAACAGUUAUUUCUUUGUAAAAUAUACUUUCACUGGGAAAAUAUUUGUAAGUAUGUGAAAUAAACACCAAAUAAAAUGGUUUGGCAAAUACCCAAGCAACUUUCCAUUAUUGCAACAUCAGAUAAAUUAUGACAUGUUUUAUUGAUACAAAGGAAAUGAUUUUGCACGUUUUAGAGAAGUGUUCUGUCGUUUGUUUGAGAUAUUUUUACUAAUAUUUGCUCAGCCAACGUAACAUGAUGUAUUACAUCUAGAUAAGAAACAUCUGGAUUCUUUCCGUUCCCACACUUCCAUGUAUUCUAAUCCCUUGAGGUGGCUAUUUAUAUGGCAAAAUAAAUUCUUUACAAAGGGACAUAUUCAGUAAACAGUAUAUUUGGGGUAAAUUGACAACUGCAUUGCAAAUGUACAAUAAAAGCUGAGUUGGAACUAAAAAUCUCUACACCUUAAAUUGAAAAUAUUCCUCAAAUUAGCUCAUUGUUUAUCAAAUAGACCCCAUAGAUUGACAAAAAAUAAUUACAUAUAUGACCAACUAAACAAUCUAAAACAAAGCAAAAAUAAGAAAAUCCACGCUAUAUAAUCGUAGAAUAAUGGAAAAUAAUUAUACAAUAUAGAAAUGACUAUAUCUAAAUACUUAUAUAAUAUAAACAAUUUAAGACUGACAUUUUAGGUGAAGGGUUUGGUCUCUAGGUAGGCCAAAUGAGCAGAUAUAUUAAUUUGAUUAUUUGUGUACAUUUAUCCAUUUAAAUCUAUUGGAAUAUUGGUAUUAAGUUAUCAGUAACAAAUAUAUAUCUAGUCUCAGAAUUCAGCCCUUUUGACCUUUAAUCUUCAAUGGGUUUUAUAGUAUUGAAAUGGUAAAUAUGUGAAAUAAACUAUAUCAUAUGAUAAAUAGAGGUAAGAACACUAAUGUGUAAUGUAUAUUGAUACAAUCCAUUUGUUUUAUUAUCUUGUGAGCAUUUUGAGGUCUCAUGUAAUAAUAUAGAUUACUAUGAUGAAUUGUCAGCAUAUCCUGGUAUAUAGUGAUAACUGCAUUAGAAGGGUGUAAAGGAGUCCUGUUUUAAAACGUAAAAAGAGGCAUAGGGAAUGGGUUACACAUCUGUUUGACACCUAACUCCACAUACCAGUAGUGUUUCAGUGUCUAUCUAUAAUACCUUUGCAAAAAGUAUUCAGAUCCUUGCCCAAUUUACACAUCAAACUGGAAAACAGUUUAUAUAUUGACCUUUAUAUAUUAAGUAUUUAACUAAUAUAUAGAGAGAGGUUUAAUACAGCUCCUCCUCUUUUACCUCAAUUUGUUACAUUUACUUGAUCUGUGAACGUAACGGAAGGAAAAACAUAGUGUACUGAAAAAUAUAUACAUUUUCAUAUUGUGUACAUAUUUUGGCCCAUUUUCAAAAAUAAGCCCUCAGUCACUUUAGAGAAGCUAUGGAGGACAGUGGUUGAGACUGGAGAAAAUGUCCAUCAGUCAGCAAUUCAAGAUCAUCAAACAUCUGUAUGGAAAGAUGACAAGGAAGAAAUUACUCAAGACCAGCCACAUAAAAGCACACCUGGAGUCGAAAUAGAAAAAACAUCUAUUGUGGUCACAUGAGACGAAGAUAGAGCUUUUUGGCCAGAAACACAAUCCAAAGCAACAAACAUUUGAACAUUCCACAGUGUCCCAGUCAAAGUCCUGAUCUCAGUCAAACCGAGAAUCUGUCAAAUACCCGCAGCUCUUGUGUAAAGCAGAUGGGUGCUAACUCCAAAAGGGCUUCAACAUGUUAUUAAAGCAAACGAUGUCUGGCUUUUCUUUGAAAUAUUUAAAACCUAUACAUAAUUUUGACUUUAAAAUUGUUGUUUAGAGCAGAUGGGUUUAUAAUAGAAACAAUCUUUUGAGCAUUUGUAAGUAUGCAUCAUAUGUAAUCCAAAAAAAAAAAAAUCAUUCAAAAAUACUGAAUACUUUUUAUGCAAACAUCCACAAAGUAAAUCUUAGGGAUUCAUUCCAGCUUUAAUCCUUCCAGCUUUAAGAAGGAUUAUCCAGAUUCUUUCCCCCAAAAAUGUAUGUAUGUAUUGUGCUAGUUAUAGUUACUGUCUCCUACAAGUAUAAACAAGCUGGUACUUUGCAUAUAACAUACUGUAUAUGCUGCUGAUGGGUUGUCAUUGGUACAAUGCAAUAUAACUUAACUAACCUUCUGCUUUAUGUGUUUUUUUUAGGUAGCAUGCCAUGGUCUUCAUUUCAAAAACCGAAUAGAAAUAUAUUUGUCUGAAAUAUGAACAUCGUUUUAUAUUGUAUAAAGAGAGUGUUUUAGCUGUUUACACAAUACACAAAUACAUUUUAUUUUUUAAAUGCAUGUAUAUGUGUUAUGCUUCCGAUAAAUAGUGUGUAGAUAUUAAGAGCUGUAACAAGAAACCAUGCCAAAGUCUUAAAAUUGUAUAUGUGUUUAUUUACUAGACUGGGAAUUGUGAAACCCUGGCAAGUGAAGUUACAAUUUUAAGCUAAAAUAGCUGAUUUAAAAAACAAAAAAAUCUUUCUCUACUAAUUUUGUAUGCGUAGAUAUAUAAUGUAUAUUUAUAUAUUAUAGUGUAUGUUGUAUCGCCAAACACUGCACAGUUAAUUGCGCAACUACCUUUUUG